UAAGACAUGACAUGUUGUAACCGAAGAACAAAUACUAGUACUCAUGUAGUUGCACCCAAGUUUUCCCUUUAAAAAAAAACAGCAAAAUAUCUGAUUAGAACAUAUCCCGAAAUAUUGGACUAAAAAGAGUUAAUGCAAAAACAUUAAUUGAAGUUGAGUGGAAGUCUAAGUUCCCUUACCCAACAAAAAAAUUAACCGUCCCGCUCGGUGUGUGUGAAUUGGAUUCGGAACAAGUUUGUAUCCAAAUCCAAAUUAAAACCCAAAUCCAAAUCUGAAAUGAUUAAGGUUUGGUUUUUGCUGCUUCUGGUGCUGAUCUCUCAAACGGAUGAAGUUCAUAGCUCCUACGCUGGUUCAGCCAGUUCCAUCAUCAAUCCUUCUAAAGUCAAACAGAUUUCAUGGAUUCCAAGAGCUUUUGUUUACCAAGGUUUUCUCACCGAUUUGGAAUGCGAUCACUUGAUCUCCUUAGCGAAAUCGGAGCUGAAGAGAUCUGCCGUUGCUGAUAAUCUAUCCGGUGAUAGCAAGUUAAGUGAUGUUCGAACAAGCUCUGGCAUGUUCAUUUCCAAAAACAAGGAUCCUAUUGUUGCUGGUAUUGAGGACAAGAUUUCAUCUUGGACCUUUCUUCCUAAAGAAAAUGGGGAAGACAUACAAGUAUUGAGAUAUGAGCAUGGACAGAAAUAUGACCCACAUUAUGAUUAUUUUACUGAUAAAGUUAACAUAGCUCAAGGUGGGCAUCGCUUCGUGACUGUUCUCAUGUAUCUCACUAAUGUGACUAAAGGUGGUGAAACUAUGUUCCCAGUUGCAAAGGAACCUCCACGUCGCAGAGGUUCUGAAACAAGUAGUGAUCUCUCUGAGUGUGCGAAAAAAGGAAUAGCAGUGAAACCGCGUAGAGGGGAUGCGCUUCUUUUCUUCAGUCUUCACACAAAUGCUACACCAGACACUAGCAGUCUCCAUGCAGGAUGCCCAGUAAUCGAAGGGGAGAAAUGGUCAGCGACAAAGUGGAUUCACGUAGACUCAUUUGAUAAGAAUGUAGGUGCUGGAGGAGGAUGUUCCGAUCAGCAUGAAAGCUGUGAGAGAUGGGCUUCCCUUGGAGAAUGCACCAACAAUCCUGUGUAUAUGGUUGGAUCUUCAGACCUUCCUGGAUACUGUAGGAAAAGCUGUAAGGCAUGCUAGAUUUUUUACUGAAUGCUUUCUAGAUUCUACACGGUACUUCAAGCACUAGGAUUCAAAUUUCAAUUUUCCUAAGAAAAAAAUAUUGAGUGAUAUAAGAAUACUAGAGAGUUGUAUGAAUGGUGGAAUUUAAUAUAUAUUCUUACUUGUGCUUUUGCACGGGUUCGCUGUGUUCAGUUACUAA